AUGAAGCGUUUUUUGACACCGAUGUUUGAUGUUUCGAAAAACUCUUUACCCACAAAAAAAAAUAAAAAAUCAACUAUAAUCUAUGAACCUAUUGAAGAGACUAUUGAUGAACCUAGUGCUAUAAAGUCUGGUUUGAUUGAUGUUGAAGAAAAUAAUGUGUCAGCUGCAUCAUCCGUUACUGUAAAAUUAUCAAAGCAUUACUUGUUUGAUGGUAAUUAUUAUAAAAUUACUUCAUGUGUUGACGAUAAAUUAAUAGCUGAAUGCCAAUUGUGUAAAAAACCAAUAAACGGUCAAAUAAAUUCUACUGGCAAUUUUCUAAGUCAUAUUAAGAAGAAGCAUUCAUCAAUAUUAUCCAAAUUGAAAAUAAGAAAAGAUGAAAAAAAGAAAAUUAAUAAUGCUAGUUCAAACUUUAAAGUUAUACAGCCAUCAUAUUCUGGAAGCCAACAACAAAAAAUACCGCAGUACAUACAACAAAGGCAAAUAUCAAAACAAACAAUCAACAACUUGGUCUUUGAUUAUGUAGUCCAAGAAAUGAGACCAUUGGUAACUUGCCAAAAACCAGCAUUUAGAAGAUUAAUAAUGGGCCUUACUGGAAUAACAGAUACAGCUUUACUCCCUGAUACAAAAGAUUUGAGUAAAUUGUUAAAAUUAAGUUAUACUUCUUAUGUUACUAUGUUAACUGAUUUAAUAUCAAAAGUAUCAUUUAUUUGUACAACAGCAGACAUAUGGUCUAGUAACAAUAAAAGUUAUUUGGGUAUGACUUGCCACUUUCUCGACGAAAAUACUUAUAGCAGGUACUCGUAUGUUCUUGGUUGUAGGCGCAUAAAGGGCAGUCAUACUUACAUGAAUAUAGCACAGGUUAUGAAUGAAAUCACCAAAUCUUUUAAAAUUAACAAUUCCAAAAUAUCGCAUACUGUGACCGAUAAUGCUUCAAAUUUCGGAAAAGCGUUCAGAACAUUUUCCAUUCAUUCAGAAACCCCAAAUAAAAGUCAGUUUAGUGCUCAAAGUUCUAAUAACGAUUGGUUCAAAAGUAGUGAUGAUGAAUCUAAUGUUGAAAUAAGUGACUCUGGCAGUGAGGUUGAUAAUGCAGAUGUUGAAAUCGUAGAAAUAUCAACAUUAUUUUCAAAUUCUGAAAAUAUUGAAUGUAAUGACGACGAUGAUGAUUUUUGUUUACCUGAACAUCUAACCUGCACUGCUCACACUCUUAGUUUAAUUGCUACUAGUGAUGUAGCUAAAAUUUCUGACUCAACUUAUCAGAAAAUUUCAAAAUCUGUGUUUGUUAAAUUAAAUGCAUUUUGGAACAUUCUUAGCAGAAGUUCGGUCGCUUCUGACAAAAUAUAUGAGAUCUGUAAUUUAAAGUUCCCUGUACCUAUUAUUACACGCUGGAAUUCAAUGUAUUUUGCAGUAAAAAAAGUGGUCGCCAAUAAAGAAAAGUUGUUAGUUGCAUUUGAAGAGUUAAAAUUAAAUAAAUUAAAACAAUCUGAGUGGGCAUUUCUAGAUGAAUAUUGUCUGAUCAUGGAGCCUUUGGCAACAUCUCUUGACCUAAUGCAAGGGGAAAAAAGUUGUUUUUUAGGUUAUGUCGCCCCUACUAUUAUUGCUCUGAGACUUAAAUUAAUUCAAUCGACUCAUUUAAUCUAUUCCAUAAGUCUUCCAAAAUUUAAACUAUCUUGGGUGCCAGUCAGAUAUUUAACUGUGUGCAAACAAUUAUUUAUAACUGAAUGUAAUUUAGAAUACUCAAUUGAAAAUAGAACUGAUGAAAAUGGCUCUGAUGAUAAUGAAAACAGUGACCACGAAUUUUAUCAAAUUCUUAGUGGAGAUACGGAUGGUUCACAUGAUCAAAAUCAUAUUUCUUUUCAAAACUCAGUUAAUACUCCUAAAAAUACAAAUCUUGCUAGUGUUCAAGCACUUUCGUUUUUGGAUACAAAAAAAAAAGAACUAGACAUUUUAAAUAAUUUGCCAAUUGUUAAAAAAGUUUUUUUAAAAUAUAAUACAACCUUACCAUCAUCUGCCCCUGUUGAGAGGUUGUUUAGCAGUGGUUCACAGAUUUUAGUUCCCAGGAGAAACCGGCUUAGCGACAACACAUUUGAAAUGUUGUUAUGCUGCAGGUGUUUUAAUAAUAAUAAAUAA